GCCCUGACCCCACGGUACCCAACAACAGGAAGAUCUUUAUUUAAGAGCAUCCUUUUUGUCUGCUUAUAAAAGGAACACAUCCCAUCAGCAGUUUCUUCCAAGAAUGGGCUCACUGAGACAGAGGCCGAGUGAGCAGACAGCCGCAGACCUGAGGGAAGCUAUGAACAUCUCAACUCCAAGAAUGAGAGUUGCCUGUGAGCACAUAGGAAAAAGCAGGAACUGGUGCUCAUACGUGGUGACCCGCACCAUCUCGUGCCACGUGCAGAAUGGCACCUACCUGCAGCGCGUGCUGCAGAAUUGCCCCUGGCCCAUGAGCUGCCCUGGGAACAGCUACAGAACCGUGGUGAGACCCACAUACAAGGUGAUGUACAAGACGGUGACAGCCCGCGAGUGGAGGUGCUGCCCUGGGCGCUCGGGGUCGAGCUGUGAGGAAGUUGUAGGCUCCUCUGGCUUCGUGGAGCCCGGGUGGUCGGGCAACGCCAUGUGGCGGAUGGCACUUCGGCCCACAGCCCUGUCAGGUUGUCUCAACUGCAGCAAAGUGUCGGAGCUGACGGAGAGGCUGAAGGUUCUAGAGGCCAAGGUGGCGGUGCUGACUGUCACCGAGCAGGCAGUGCCCCCGACCCCAGCUGCCACCGAGGACCCCGCCCCGCUCUGGGGUUCCCCAGCUGCCCAGGGCAGCCCCGGGGAUGGAGGCCUCCAAGGGCUACCAGGAACCAGAGAAAACGUGAGGGCCCCUCUGCUCCCCCGAGAUGAUCGAGUUGGUGCCCGGAGGCUUCCUGGGCCCUCUGGCCCCAAGGGAGACCCUGGCAGCCGGGGCCCAAUGGGGAUGAGAGGCCCGCCAGGUCCGCAGGGCCCCCCAGGGAGCCCUGGCCAGGCUGGAGCUGUGGGCACCCCUGGAGAGAGGGGACCUCCAGGCCCCCCAGGGCCUCCUGGCCCCCCAGCCCCACUUGGACCACACUACACCCGGAUCUCCCAGCAUGGGGACCCAUUUCUGUCCAACACCUUCACUGAGACCAGCAGCCACUGGCCCCAGGGACCGGCUGGGCCCCCAGGCCCCCCAGGACCCAUGGGUCCUCCUGGACCUCCUGGUCCCAUGGGCAUCCCUGGGAAUCCUGGACAUAUAGGACCCCCAGGCCCCACUGGACCCAAAGGAAUCUCCGGCCACCCAGGAGAGAAGGGCGAGAGAGGACUGCGUGGGGAGCCCGGCCCCCAGGGCUCCAUGGGGCGGCAGGGAGAACCUGGCCCCAAAGGAGACCCUGGUGAGAAGAGCCACUGGGCUCCUAGCUUACAGAGCUUCCUGCAGCAGCAGGCUCAGCUGGAGCUCCUGGCCAGACGGGUCACCCUGCUGGAAGCCAUCAUCUGGCCAGGGUUUCGAAGGCUCAGCCAAGUCCUCCAUCCUGGGGCCCUCCCCCUGGAAAAACAACCCAUCCUUCUGAGCUGCCUAACCCCUCAUUUAACUUUGAGAGGGACUGAGGUGAUAGUUACAUAAGGCUUCCUGGAAGAGGUAGGUCCUGAUCUGCGUUUUGAAGGUUGAGUAGUUUUCCAGGUGGGAAGAAUGCCAAUUAACCGGUUUUACUCUUGGGGGCCAGCUUAUUUGCAGGUUGGGGCAUAAUCUCACCAUAGCCAAAUCGGAACUGACUUCAGUAAUUACUGGAGUUGGCCAGGGCCUCUGUAUCUGGAACUGUCCCCCUGGUUUUAGAGAUGAGACAACUGAGGCUCUGACAGAGGUCCAAAGCCACACAGUAGGUCAGUGGCAGAGCCUGGCCUUCCUAAACCCUUCCCCACUACAGGUGGCCUAACCUGAGGAGAGAGGAAGAGUGAGGCUGAUGCCUGGCCUUAGUUUACCCAGCUCUGAAAUGGGAAUGAUUCAGGGCACACCUCCGCUCCAAGAUACGUUAACGAAAAAAAGAGCUAUACUGUUUAUGGAGCAUCUACUACAUGCUAAGCAUUUCAGAAACAUGGUGGGUUCACUGAUCCCCACUUGACAGAGAAAAUCAAAUAGAGGCCCUGAGUGUUCUAGCUGGGUUAGGGGCUAAUAACUCCUGGGGGUAGGGGCACUAACCAGCUUUGCAGACCUCCUUCUUUUCACACACCUCUGCCUCUCAGACUCGGGCAGAGAGCCCCACCCCCCCCCACCCCCCA